AUGUUGAUGCUCGUCAACACCGGUUCCAUCUUGUCACCAAAGGUAGGACCGUUGUGUGAGUCACGCAUGUGGCGAGUUGCAGUCAUGUCAAUCCCAAAGCGGCGUGUCCUCAUCGCCGUCCGUACUCGUCAGGCUGCCAAUUGUGGCUCCUCUCCCUCUCUCCCUCUAUCUAUAUCUCUUCUUACCUCUCUGUCUUCACGGUACGAUAACAUGCAACCCUGUUCCAUCGAUAACCGAGGCGCAAUAUAG